AUGGAAAACGGCAGUGAAGUUGUAGACCCGAAAUGCGAGAUCAGUUACGAUUCCAGAGCCGUUACGACGGUUAAUCAAGACCCAUCGUCGUGCACCACUAAGGCGGCUCGGAUUGGUUACGUAUUCUCGCAUCUGUAUUUUUCUGUAUUGCGAUCGUCGCCAGAGUACGCCGACGAUUUUUACGACGUAGACGGCGAGUUCCGGACAAUCUACGCGGACGGAUCGACCGUCGUCGCCAAGACCCGCAACCAUGUAAAAAGUGUAUUAAUGCGGCCAACGUCCGAGUCCGAGUAUGUAAUAAAAUCAGUUUUUGCGAUGCCCUGCCGCGGACCGUCCGAUGGCCUGUUGGUCAACAUAUCCGGUGACCAGUUCACCCAAACAUUUAUCGUGGAACAUCGACCAGAAAGAACUUUGGGUUACGCUAUUGUGGGGUCCUUGAUUCGUUACGUUUCUGCGGUACCACUUGCCGACCAUCAAACACCGGUAACAAGAUUCGAUGCCAGUAACUGCCCGGCUAUUACCGGCAGUACAUCGUCCGUGAGUCUAGAAACACUUGACAACUGUUCGCCAAACACAGCCGCCAGCGACAAUCCAAUUCCCGGAAAUGUUUCCAAUGAUAUCGCGAUAAAUGAUACCGUCUCCGAAAAAACUGCCGACAUCAAGUCCGUCCAAGAACCCGUGAUUUCGUUAACCCAUAACAACGAUAUAGAACCCGCCUCCACAAAUACCGCUAACGAGAAUAAAGAACACAAACCUUUCACUGAUAAAGAAAAUAUCAAAAAACAUAUAUGCAAUUUAGUUCUGUUUUCUGCUGCCUGUUGGGUUGUGUAUCGAUAUAUCUUAUAA